GACACCCUCUUCAAUUGCCGUCGUCCCCAUCCCGCGCUGUCACGUAUCGUGCCGCACCAACUUGCACGGGCGCUUCUCACCACGAGCUCCCAGGUUAAACCGCGCACCCCGCGCGCGCACGAACGCACGGUACGCCACGCGAGCGCGAUCCGUGUCCAUUGCUGCCACCGCAAUUGCUCUCCCACUGGCGGUACAAAGCGGCGCCGCCUCCCUCGGCGCUCCGGCACCUGCAGCCAGGCUACCGAGCUCCACGUACGCACGCCGCGCGCGCGGAGCCUCCGCCGCCAUGCCGGCCGGCGUCUCGUCCUACCUAGCGGCCAUGCGCCGCGGCCGCAGCUUCGCCUACCACAAGCUCAAGAAACUCCCGCCGCCUGCCCCUCCCCCCAUAGCCACCACCUUCGAACAGCAAGACCACCACCAGGCGCCGUCCGCUGCCGCCAUCCAGGAAUCCUACCACUCCUACUACAGCGCGCUGGGCGCCGCGGCGGCCAGGGGGCGGUGGAGGCAGCAGUGGCAGCGGAGGGCGAGGCGGCCGCGGCUGAGGAUCUCGGGCCUCGCGCGGGCGCUGCGGCGGAGGGCGGUGGCCGUCGGGGGCAGGGUGCGGGCGUCGGUGGCCAAAGUGGCGCGGCGGCUGAGGGAGGGCAGGCCCUAUAUCGGGGACCUCUUCGCCGGGAACUACAUGUUCAUGCAGGUGGCGCCGUCGCCGACCAUGGUGCCCGGGAUCGACGACAAGGGCGGGUACGCGCCCUUCGCGGACUACUACUACGGCGAGGUCGCCAAGGGCAUCAAGCCGCCGGCGCCGGCGGCCGGGCCAUUGCAGGUGCAGGUGCACCAUGCAGCUGCUGCAGGGGUGCUGUACAAGGUGUAGCUGAUCUGAUUGGUACGGUGCUCCGGUCGAUCGUGCCGUCAGUUCUUCCGAUGCUUCGCUCUAUGUUCGUGCUGUCAAAAGUAUGGGUAAAUAAUAAAAGUUGCCAGUUUGGAUUUUCUUCUC